AUGCAAGAGUUUAAUAUCACCCAAACUUAUUUGAAGUUUUUGGAAGAAGACAGUGAAAUGACUAUGCCUAUCGCUGCCAUCGAGGCAUUAGUUACCAUGUUGAAAGUUAAGAAUCCCAAAACAUCUGCAGAGAUGAUCAAAUCGACAAAGCUAGCUAUCGAAGAGUUGACUACAUCUAUUCCAAACUCAAUUUCGUUACGUGCAGGUUGUGAUAUAUUUAUGAGAUUUGUCUUGAAGAACACACAUUUGUACGGUGAUUGGGAAAAUUGUCAACAGCAUUUGAUUGAAAACGGGCAUUUAUUUGUCAGUAGAGCUAAACAAUCAAGAGAUAGAAUUGCUGAGAUUGGGAUUGAUUUCAUAUCCGAUGAUGAUAUCAUAUUAGUGCAUGGAUUUUCCAGAGCUGUUUUCUCUUUACUAAGUCAUGCAGCAGAGAAGUUAAUCAGAUUUAGAUGUAUCGUCACUGAAUCCAGACCGUCUGGCCAAGGGUUGCAACUGUAUCAUUUACUUAAAAAGAAGGGUAUCCCAGUGACAAUGAUUGUAGAUAAUGCUGUUGGUACGAUCAUCCAUAAGGUAAACAAGAUCUUUGUGGGAGCCGAAGGUGUUGCUGAAUCUGGAGGUAUUAUCAAUCUAGUAGGAACGUAUUCUAUCGGUGUCUUGGCGAAGAAUGCAAGGAAACCAUUCUAUGUGGUUAGUGAGUCGCAUAAGUUCGUACGUAUGUUCCCUCUUUCGUCAGAUGAUAUUCCAAUGGAAAGAGAUCCAUUAGAUUUUAGCAAAAACGGUAUAGAAGACGAUGAAGAACCAUUGAGUGGGCCUUCUGUCGACUUUACAAGUCAAGAAUACAUCACAGCUUUGAUCACUGAUCUUGGAGGGUUGACACCUAGUGCUGUUUCUGAGGAGUUGAUUAAGAUGUGGUAUGAUUAA